AAUCGAAGAGUCACAAAGCUCAAAAAAAUUACUCAGGAGAAUUGAUUUUUCGAGAGUGUUCGUGUUCUCUUUGUACUUUUUUCGAUAUACAUGUAGCUUUGCCUAGUUCAUCUGGUUGAUUCCUCAAGCUGCGAUCAGUUUGAGCAAGAAGAUGACCAAUCCAAAUAAUGUUGAGCUGGAGGCAGCAAAGUUUCUGCACAAGCUUAUUCAAGAGUCUAAGGAUGAGCCGACUAAAUUGGCUACAAAGCUUUAUGUGAUUUUACAACAUAUGAGAUCCAGCGGGAAGGAGAGCUCAAUGCCUUAUCAAGUAAUAUCAAGGGCAAUGGAGACUGUCGUCAAGCAACAUGGUCUUGACAUUGAGGCUUUAAUGUCCUCGCGUCUUCCUGUGUCUGCUGCAACACAAGCAGGAGAAGCUGCAUCAUCACAAGUAGCUGGAUCUUCACAGAGGCCAGGGGUUACUAGAGACUCUAAAGCAAAUUUUCUGGGAAAUGAGAUGGUUAGCGGUCCAAGCGGCAGCGGACAUGGUAUUUAUCAAGCAUCUGCACCCCACAUAAGUGGUACAGGUGUCAAACUUCCUGUAAUGGCGCCUCCUGCUUCUAAUUCAUCUCAGCCAGUAGAGGCAGGAAUUUCAAGUCCAAUGCAGUUUGGAAGUCCUUCAAUUGAUAAUCAUGGUUAUGCUGCAAAAUUGCACAAAGAUGGAAGCACAGAACCUUUCUCUGGUCCCACCUCGGCUGAUCUUGUUGUUGGCAGAACUGCAGCGGGAAGAGCACUAGAGCAUGAAGGAGGAUCUAAUAUGUUAGGAAAUGCUAGCAAGAUCAGUCAGGGGGGCAUGCCCAACAAUGUCCCAGAGAAGAGUAUACUUAGAAGUGAAACAAUCAGAGAUGCAGGGAUGUUGUCUGUUGCUGCUCAGGCUCCUGUAUCUACCAUGCCUUUCAAAGAACAUCAUUUGAAACAGCUUAGGGCACAAUGUCUUGUGUUUUUGGCUUUUAGGAAUGGUUUAAUGCCAAAGAAGCUUCAUCUUGAAAUUGCACUUGGAAACUUCUAUCCGAAAGAAGAUCGCAGAGAAUUGGUUGACCAUAAAGGAAGGGAGCAACUGGUUACUGACCAAGGCAGUGCAUCUGAAGUCACACGGACAUUUGGAGGAGCUGGCGAAACUGACAGGCUUUCUUCUGGUCCUACACCUUCUGGAAUUCUUACUGAUACAAAUUCGUCAAUGGAGGCUGAGAAUGCAAACUUGAUGGAAGAUAAAAAUGGUCAGCUUGAUCCUUCUGAGCAUGCUGACGAAAGGAGACCUCAAAGAAAAAUGAGAAUGAUUCAGGAUGCUGAAAUGUCCAUCCAGGAUGCUACAGAAUCACAGGCAUCUGCUCUUAGAGGAGUUCCGACUGAUCCGAAAUCCUUUCCUCCCUAUAAUCAUGAGAAUGCUCCUGCAAAUACUGAACAACUUGGAAUGUUUCCUCAAGCUUCCUCUGUUAUGGGCACAAGCAAGCAAAUGAAGCCUGAUCUGAGUGGUAGGAGUGGAACUGACGCUUCAAAGGUAUCACCACCUGCCUCUGCCAAUACCCAUGGAUCGGGUCUGCUAGUGAGAGAUAAUCAUACUGGUUAUUCUCAAAAUCUUGUUGAUAGCAAUGCUCAAGGAAAUCGACAUGCUGAUAGUAACUUGCCUAGUUUACCCUUGAGGCAACAGUGGAAAUCUGUUCCUGGAGUAAUUAAUCAAAGUCCUACAAUGAUGCAAGUGAAGGAUUCAAAUAUAACGCUGAAAAAUCUGUCUCAAGUGCAAGAAACAGAUCAAGAGGAUGAUAAUAUUUCAGCAUCCACAGAUAGGUUAUCAUCUCCAAGGCAUACAAUGCUGGAGAAAUGGAUUCUGGAUCAACGGAAAAGGAAGCUUAUUAGUGAACAGAAAUGGUCGAAAAAACAGCAAAAAACAGAUGAAAGAAUUGCUGCUUCUGCUGAGAAGUUGAAGGAAUCUGUGAGCUCCUCUGAGGAUAUCUCUGCAAAAACAAAAAGUGUCAUUGAGCUGAAAAAGCUUCAAUUGCUGGAGCUGCAGCGUCGUUUACGGAGUGAAAUUCUCUAUGAUUUUUUCAAGCCAGUAGCAACUGACAUGGAGCGUUUAAAAUCAAUCAAGAAGCACAGAAUUGGGAGGAAAUCAAAGCAAUUUGAAAGAUAUGAACAAAGAAUGAAGGAGGAACGUCAAAAGAGAUUUCGUGAGAGACAGAAGGAGUUUUUCAGUGAGAUUGAAGUUCAUAGGGAAAGAUUGGAAGAUGUAUUCAAAAUGAAGAGAGAACGCUGGAAAGGUUUCAAUAAGGGUGCGAAGGAGUUCCAUAAAAGGAAGGAACGGAUACAUCGUGAGAAGAUUGACAGGAUCCAACGUGAGAAGAUUAAUUUACUGAAAAUCAAUGAUGUUGAGGGAUACCUUCGAAUGGUUCAGGAUGCAAAGUCGGAUCGUGUUAACAAACUACUAAAAGAGACGGAAAAGUACCUCCAAAAGCUUGGAUCCAAAUUAAAGGAGGCCAAAUCAAUUGCAAGAAAAUUCGAGACCGACAUGGGUGACAAUAGAAACUCAGGUGUGGUUGAGGAGGAUGAAAUUGACUUUGGUGAUGCGGAUGAAACAGACCAGGCUAAGCAUUACUUGGAAAGCAAUGAAAAAUACUAUUUGAUGGCACAUAGUGUACAGGAGACCAUCGCAGAGCAGCCUAGUUCUCUCAAAGGUGGAAAAUUACGGGGGUACCAAAUGAAUGGAUUGCGAUGGUUGGUUUCACUCUACAAUAACCAUUUGAAUGGAAUUUUAGCUGAUGAAAUGGGCCUCGGUAAAACUGUUCAGGUUAUAUCCCUUAUGUGUUACCUGAUGGAAACCAAAAAUGACAGAGGACCUUUUCUGGUGGUAGUGCCAUCCUCUGUCCUAUCCGGAUGGGAGUCAGAGAUAAACUUUUGGGCACCAGAUAUGCUCAAGAUAGUUUAUUCUGGACCACCAGAAGAGCGGAGGAAGCUUUUCAAGGAAAGAAUUGUUCAUCAAAAGUUCAAUGUUCUUUUGACGACAUAUGAGUAUUUAAUGAACAAACAUGAUAGACCAAAACUAAGUAAAGUGCAUUGGCACUAUAUCAUAAUUGAUGAAGGGCAUCGCAUAAAAAAUGCUUCUUGCAAGUUGAAUGCUGAUCUGAAGCACUACCGCAGUAAUCAUAGGUUACUGUUGACGGGCACUCCUCUUCAGAACAAUCUUGAGGAGCUCUGGGCACUACUUAACUUCCUUUUGCCAAAUAUCUUCAAUUCAUCAGAAGACUUCUCACAAUGGUUUAACAAGCCAUUUGAGAGCGGUGACAGCUCACCUGAUGAAGCUUUGCUCUCAGAGGAGGAAAAUCUUUUGAUCAUUAACCGUCUGCACCAAGUUUUGCGUCCAUUUGUUCUUAGGAGAUUGAAACACAAGGUUGAGAAUGAAUUGCCUUCAAAGAUUGAAAGACUGGUUAGAUGUGAAGCUUCUUCGUAUCAGAAGCUUUUGAUGAAGCGAGUGGAAGACAACCUUGGUGCAUUCGGAACUUCAAAGGCUCGGUCAGUCCACAAUUCUGUUAUGGAGCUGCGCAACAUUUGCAAUCAUCCGUAUCUUAGCCAGCUUCAUGUGGAGGAGGUUCAUGAGCUAGUUCCUAAGCAUUAUCUGCCAACCUUUGUGAGACUUUGUGGGAAGCUUGAGAUGUUGGACAGAUUACUGCCUAAACUUAAGGCAACAGAUCACCGGGUCUUGCUUUUCUCAACAAUGACCAGGCUGCUUGAUGUAAUGGAAGAUUAUCUCUGCUGGAAGCAAUAUAAGUACCUUCGCUUGGAUGGACAUACGUGUGGGGGUGACAGAGGUGCCCUUAUUGAUAAAUUCAAUCAGCCUAAUUCUCCCUUCUUUAUAUUUCUGUUGAGUAUUCGUGCUGGAGGUGUUGGAGUAAAUCUUCAAGCUGCUGAUACAGUUAUAAUUUUUGACACAGAUUGGAAUCCUCAGGUUGAUCUUCAAGCACAAGCAAGGGCUCAUAGGAUAGGUCAAAAGAAGGAUGUUCUUGUUCUUCGAUUAGAAACAGUCCAAACUGUUGAGGAACAAGUAAGAGCUGCUGCUGAGCAUAAACUUGGAGUUGCUAACCAAAGCAUUACUGCUGGAUUCUUUGAUAAUAACACAAGUGCGGAAGACCGAAGGGAGUACUUGGAGGCCCUCUUGCGAGAAAGCAAAAAAGAGGAAGAUGCACCUGUUCUUGAUGAUGAUUCUUUGAAUGAUCUUAUAGCACGAAGUGAGCCAGAGAUUGAUAUAUUUGAAUCAGUUGACAGGAGAAGGCGUGAAGAAGAGAUGGAAAUCUGGAAGAAGUUAUGCUUAGAAAGUGGAACACAAAGUUCAGAACUCAUUCCUCCUUUGCCCUCUCGACUUCUUACUGAUGAUGACUUGAAACCAUUCUAUGAAGCAAUGAAAAUAUCUGAUAAGCCAGUUGUGGCUCCUAGCCCUGGGUUAAAAAGGAAGGGUCAGAGUCUUGGGGGUCUUGAUAUCCAACAUUAUGGACGUGGAAAAAGAGCAAGAGAGGUUCGUUCGUAUGAAGAGCAAUGGACUGAAGAGGAAUUUGAGAAAAUGUGCCUUGCUGAGUCUCCUCAAUCACCUAGUCUAAAGGAAGAAAUUCAAGAAAAGAAUUCCCCUUCAGCCUCUGGCACUUGUCCUGACCCUGUUGUUGCCAAAAGUGAAAUACAAACCCCAGCACCGUAUCAGCCUCCUCUCCAGCAGCCUGUGCAAGAACUUUCUCAACAGCCUGUGCAAGAACUUCCCCAACAACAUGUUGGACCCAUAGUUCAACAAAGCCCUGUGACUGUGACUCCGCCAUCUAAACGGGGCCGGGGAAGACCAAGGAGGACAGCAAUAGUGACUGAAAUUUCACCGUCCCCUGUCGUUAUUUCAGCAAUUGCAGCUAGUGUAAAGGUGGAUAGCAAUACCAUUGCAGAAAAUACUUCUACUAGUCAGGCAACUUCUGGGCCUGUUUCUGUGUCUUUUCCUUGUGCUUCUUCCAUAGAAAGUACCAGCGCAACCAUCCUACAGAAUGUAACUGGUGUUGCUCCCAGCCAUCAGUCAAUUGUACCUUCUGUUGCUGUUGUUUCUCAGUCUGGUCCUCCUUGCCCUCCUACAAGUGGACAGGGAAGGGGCCGAGGUAGAGGCCGAGGCCGAGGUCGAGGUCGAAAGCCUCAAACUGGAGGAGAAGCUCCAGGGCGUAGAGGAAAACAACAGAAUGUUACAGCAGAGGCUUUCCCCACCCCUCCAACUCAAGCAGUAAGUGAGCCUGUCUCUGCAGCGCAAGGUGUGAAUGAUAUGAGUUCUACUCACCAUAUGCCCCCAACACCUCCUGCAGUGGGUGAGCCUGAUCUGGUGCCACAGGUGGUGGCAGGUUUGGGUUCAAAAAACCUUGGUCAUGCUCCUGUUUCCAUGAGAGAUGCUAGUAAGGAACUGAAUUCGGUUGUGCCUCUUGCAGCAUCUUCCUCUAGCAAAGAAUUAACCCCUGUUUCGACUGUUUCUGUUAUUCCAUCAUCUGCUGCCAGUCAGGACCCUAGUUCAAUUUCACCUCCAGGUGUCCUUCAAUCAUCCUCCAGAAACCAUUCAGACCAUCUUUCCCUCUCUGCUGCCCAGACCGAAGCUACUCUGCAGGUGAAUUCAAUUUCAGUAGUUCCUCAUAGUUCACCUUCAGCUGGCAAGGAAACGAGUUCUGUGUCACCUGUUCCUCUUCAUUCAUUAACUUCAAAGGACUCCAAUUCAGUUGUACCUACUCUUGUUCCUGCAUCAUCGUCUGCUUGCGUGGAACUAAGUUCAGUUUGCCCUCUUCCUGCUGUUGCACCCUCUUCCAGCAUAGGUACAAAUACAUCUGCACUUACUCCUCUUCUUUUAGCAUCUAAUGCAGCAGGCAAAUUAGAUUAUGGAUCAGAUAGGAUGACAUUGUCCUGCUCUUCUUCUAUUUCAGGUCAUAAUUCUGUAUGUGAUUCUUCUAACUUGAAGAGCACUUGUCAACAAGAAUCUGGUGUAGUAACUGCUCAUACUUCUGAUCCAGUUCCACCAUUGCCUGUGAUUUCAUCAGUUUCACAGUAUAGUACUCCUCCCACUGCACCUAAGCCAGGUAGAGGACGAGGACGCAAGGCUCAAACUGGAAGUGAGGCAUCACGGCGCAGGGGGAAGAGACAGGAUUUGGUCACUGCAGCUGUUACUGAAGGGUUAAGUGCUCAGGAUCCAAGAUUAAUUGAACCCCCACAAAAGAGAACCAGGUUAUCCGUUGGGAGGAAGCCCACUACAAGAAGCAAGCGUGAGAAUGAAUCUCAACAAGUAGUAGACCAAUCGGUUGCAUCUCAAAAGACUCCAGAUUUUGCUGGUGGGGAAAUUUCUAAGAAUAUGGUUUCUAGUGAAGUUAAUCCACAUAACAGUGCAAUCAACAGAGAUGCAUCUCAAUCCCAUGCUAUUCCGGUUCCUAGUCAAAUGGGUGAUAAUCUAAAUGGUGACGUUGCUACUGCUGAAGAUCCUCUCGAUGAUGCUCAGCAAAAGGAGAAUGUGGUCCAAUCUGUUACAUCUAAAAGUUGCUCUAGUCCUCAUGUUGAGCCGCAGAUUAACACGGUCAACUCUGAUGAUUCUCCUUCCCAGGAACAAACAGCUAUUGUCCAGUUAGAUGCUUCUCAAAAGAUUCCAUAUCCUGGCACAGGACAAAUCCCUCAAGCUAUGGCGUGUUGUGAAGUUGAGCUACAUAGCAAUUCUAUCAAAUCCGAUGAAUCACAAGCCAGUGGCGAUGUUCCUAGCUGUGAAGUUGCCACGACAAAGGAAGUUCUUAGUGAGGGUCAACAAACAAUGAAGGUUCAGUCAGCUGCAUCUCAGACACCUUCAGUUCACUCUGUUGGGAAAAUGCCUGAAGAUAUAGGUUGUGAGGUUUCCACGACAAAGGAAGUUCUCACUGAGGAUCAACAAACAAUGAAGGUUCAGUCAGCUGCAUCUCAGACACCUUCAGUUCACUCUGUUGGGAAGAUGCCUGAAGAUAUAGUGAGUAAUGAAGUUCUGCCACAGUGUGAUGCUAUACAAACAGAUGCAUCUCAAUCCCAUGUCACUCUUGCCUCUUCAGGAUCAAUGGCUCCGGUUACUGAUUGCCCGGUUGAAAAGAGUGAAGGUAAUUCUAAGGGUGACGAUGGUGAAAAGACUGAGACUAAUUCUAUAGAUGGGUCAAACAUGGAAGUUCCCAUUGGAGCUUUGGAGCUUACAUCAUCUGACGAUCUGAACAAGAGUGGAGAUGCAGAAGGGAAAACUAGCAGCAGUUUAAGCGGGGUCCUUCCCACAAGUUCUGAGUUAGUUCCCCGUCCAAGCACAGAGACAGAGGUAUAUCUGGGUUCCGUAGGCUCCGGGAAAGUAAGUUUUAAUUCGGGAUCAACUCAAAGCCUGUCUGAGAGUGUGUCUGCAAAAACUGAUGUUGAACAGUUACAGACUGAGGAUCUUCCUCUGGAUAAAUCAUUUGUUUCUAAAGCUGAGGCAGCCAGCACUGAGCAUCUCGCUGGUGGCAUACUUGGAAAAGAACAGGAAACCGGAGACACCAUGGAGGAGACUGUUGUUUCACCUGCUGUGGAGACUGACAAUCUGAAUAUGAAGGGAAUCGCAUCAUUUACUUCUCCAUCUACUGAGGCAGAAUCUUUAGUGGAUGAACCUCCAGUAUGUGGAUCUUAUGAACCAGCCAAGGACAAACUUGAAAAAACAGCAGAAGGAACACAUUCCGAUAAAGGUGCAAUGGCCGAGGUUUGUGAACAAGAUAAGUUAUCAGUUAACGUGUCAUUGGAGACAACUAAAGGUUUAAGUAGGGGGGAGAAAGAAAAAUAUAGGAUUCCAGAAACUUUUGAGAAGCAAGUUAAUGUUGCUGAAUCCCUAACAGAAGAAUGUGGAAAAGAUCUUGCAGCACAUGGUCCAGAAAUGAAAGAUUCUGAUGUAAGUGAGGUUGCACCAAGCCCUAGAAAUGAGUCCGAAUCCAGUUUUACUGUUGGAACAUCUCAAAGAACUUUUGAGGAGCAAGUUAAUGUUGCUGAAUCCCUAACAGAAGAAUGUGGAAGUGAUCUUGCAGCACACAGUCCCGAAAUGAAAGAUUCUGAUGUAAGUGAGGUUGCGCCAAGCCCUAGAAAUGAGUCCCAAUCCAGUUUCACUGUUGGAACAUCUCAAAGUGAACCUGAACGACAAGCAAUUGCUGAAGCAAACUUGCAUCCCAGUAUUUCCGAGACUUCUCCCAGCACAGAAUCUGGUGCCCAGAAGGAAUCCCUUUCACCUAAGCUUGCUUCAAAUGCUGAACCUGUUGAGGCUCUAACAGAAACGUUUGCCAGCCGUCAUGACACAAAUUACGUAGCUGAAUUACAGGGUAACUUGAGUUUUGAUGUAAAGGAUGAUCUUUCUAAUUCUGAAGUUGAUGUGUCUCAACUCUGUCCAGCUGAUGGGUCAUCUGAGAAUCACCCAGAAUUAGAACAGGUUGUGGUGGAAGAUAUGAGAACUAACAUUUGUGAGGAGUCUGCUUCAGAUGAAGUUGAUGAUAUUGUACUGCGGCAAACAGAGAAAGCUGACGGUCAGUGUCACGAUGGUUUGUCUGUUGAGACUCAUGAGAGCAAAAGAGCUGAGGAUAAGGUUGAUGUUUUAAAUGGUGAAUUAAAUAAACAUCUAUCCAGCACAAUUGCUGGAACAUCUAAAAAGGUGGCAGAUCUGGAGUUAGUUGCCGAAGAGAACACAGGGAAGAUAAAUGAUGGCUCAGAAGAUGCAGGUCAGGUGGCAGAAAAGUCCGAGGAUAUGGCAAUCCGAGAUCUUACUGUUGAAGGACAAGAGAGUAAGGAAACUGAUGCCACAGGAGAUACUUCAACAUCAAAAAAUGAGGUGGAAUCACAAUCUGCUGUUGUAGAAAAUAUAGGAAGGAUGUAUAACAAGUCAGUAGUAUCAGGGGAGGUAACAGCUGAUGAACUUCUGAUAGAAGGGUCUGAGCAUUUGCAUGUCCUAGACCAUGCAAUUGAAGUACAAGGUAACAAAGCAUUUGAUGCCACUAGAGAUGCUUCAGAAUCAAAUUCUGAGCUAAAUGAAGCUCAACCUGGUGGAACAUAUCAAAUUGGGUCAGAGUUACAGUUGGUUGCGGAACAAGACUCUGAGACAAUGAACAAGAAGAUUACUUUACCUGAUGCUACAGCUGUUGAGCCCCAACCAGCUGUCUCUGAGAAUUUGAGUAUUCAAGAUCCUGCACAUCAAGGACCAAAGAACCAAACAUCUGAUCCAACUGAAGAUUUUUCAACUUUAAAUAAUGAACUUAAUGAAUCUCAACCGAAAGCUGCAGAUGUAACUUGUGAAAUAGCAGCGGAGUCUCAUUUGGUUUCCAAACAAAACAUAGAAAUCCAUGUGGAGGUUGCUACAGGGGAUGUUAUAGCCAAGAAUGCUGCAGUAGGGAAGUCUGAAAAUUUUCCAUCAAUAGAUGUUGCUGUUGAAGAAAAAGGGAAGAAAGAAUCUGAUGUAACAUAUGAAAUUUCUGAUUCUGAACUCAAAGAACCUAAAACCAGUCAAACCACAAUUGAAGUGAAGACACAUACAAUAUGUGAGGAGUCGGGAAUGACUGACAAGGAUGUUACAGCUGAGAAUGCUGCAGUAGGUAAGUCUGAAAAUUUUCCGUCGAUAGAUGUGGCUGUUGAAGAAAAAGGGAAGAAAGAAUCUGAUGUAACAGAUGGAAUUUCUGAUUCUGAACUCAAAGAACCUAAAACCAGUCAAUCCACAAUUGAAGUGAAAACACACAUAGUAUGUGAGGAGUUGGGAAUGACUGACAAGGAGGUAGCUCCACUUGAAGUUGAAACUCCAUUCAGAGAUUUGUCUGGUUCUUCUGGCAGAGACUUGGCAGUUGAAGGACAAGAAAAAGAGAAGUCUGCUGCAAGUAAAAAUGUUUCUAGCCCCGAGAAUGAAGAGCAUAAAUGUAGUCCAGGUGCAAGAGCUGCUUAUAAUGGGGCAGAAUCACAAUUGGUUGCUGAGAGGGACUCUGAGACAGUUCUGACCAAGGAAGUAUUUUCAGGCAAAGAAGAGAUCUCCAGUAUCAAGCUAGCUGGUGAUGAAGAUGUGCCAACUGCUAUAGAGUAUGGUGAUCAAGAACUAUCGUCUGCUACAGGGGCUGGUGAUGAUUAAACUAUGGCCACUGCAAUUACUGAUGCUUGAUCUGGUGUUUCUCCUGUAUUUCAGGCAGGCAGUACGUGGAAUCAUGCAAUCUUAUUUAAAAUGCACUUGUGAAGAGGUUGCAUUUUGACAAUCUUGGGAGGGUAGAGACUUGUAUAAAUAGCAAUAGUUCCUCAAGGAUCUUAAGAAUUUCAUUCGGAUCUCGCAGCAUAAGUUGUGCAUUAAUCUUUGUUGUCAACAAGGAUCUACUUAGCUUCUUUUGACCGUAUCAGGUGAUGGAUGAGCUGGAUUUAGCAUGUCCUUAGCAUUAUGGAAAUCUGCAUCUUCAAAGCGGAUGGUUCAGGCAAAACUCUUAGAUUUAUAUAGUAAGGAAACUGGUUGGGACACCAAAUUUGCUGUAAAUUGUAAUGUUGUUACCUUCUCUCUCUC